UGGGAGGAGAUCGUAGGCAAGGAGAAAAAACUAAUAGCAACAUCGCUCACCUGAGACCUAUGAUGCUCCCAUGAGUUUUGGAAGUGCUCUGCUCCUUACAGCAUAUACACAUAUUUUUAAAAAGUACCAUUCUUUUGUCUUUGUUCUUACACAAGGGUUCUGUGCUAUUUCCACCCUUCUGUUAAAAGCCAGAAGAUUUGACAGCAAUAAGGCUUUCAACGUCGGGAAUUUACAUUGUUUUUCAGUGGACUGACUUCCAGGACAAGGUCUCAUCGGCACCCGCCCAAAUACCAUGGCACUGCGUGCGCCCUUUGCCACCGGAACCUCCCCUUCCAAUGAGACUUUCUGAUUGUGUCUACCAACUCUCCUAUUUAAAAAAAAACCGUGGGUUGCAUGCAGCUAUUCUGUUGUAUUCUGUUCUCACUCUGCCUCCCCUCUCUCACUCGCACUCUUGCUGGAGACACAUCUAUGACAUUAUGCUGAGAAGAAAAAUCCCACAACUACCUUAAGGGGUUAAGACAAUAUGCGCAACUCUCGCCUUUUGUAGCGAUCACUAUUUAAAUCUGGCAAGAGCCCGACACCAGUCUUUGCAAGAAUGGAGUCGGUAAAACAAAGGAUUUUAACCCCAGGAAAAGAGGGGCUAAAGAAUUUUGCUGGAAAAUCCCUCGGCCAGAUCUACAGGGUGCUGGAGAAAAAGCAAGAAGCCGGGGAGACCAUCGAGCUGACGGAGGAUGGGAAGCCCCUGGAGGUGCCUGAGAAAAAGGCGCCGCUGUGCGACUGCACGUGCUUCGGCCUGCCCCGCCGCUACAUCAUCGCCAUCAUGAGCGGCCUAGGCUUCUGCAUCUCGUUCGGCAUCCGCUGCAACCUGGGCGUGGCCAUCGUGGACAUGGUCAACAACAGUACCAUCCACCGAGGGGGCAAGGUCAUCAAGGAGAAAGCCAAAUUCAACUGGGACCCAGAAACCGUGGGGAUGAUCCACGGUUCCUUCUUCUGGGGCUACAUCAUCACCCAGAUCCCGGGCGGCUACAUCGCGUCUCGGCUGGCAGCCAACAGGGUUUUUGGAGCUGCCAUACUUCUUACCUCUACCCUGAAUAUGCUAAUCCCAUCAGCAGCCAGAGUGCAUUAUGGAUGUGUCAUCUUUGUUAGGAUAUUGCAGGGACUUGUUGAGGGUGUCACCUACCCAGCAUGUCAUGGGAUAUGGAGCAAAUGGGCCCCUCCUCUGGAGAGGAGUAGAUUGGCAACCACCUCCUUUUGUGGUUCCUAUGCUGGAGCUGUGAUUGCAAUGCCUUUAGCUGGCAUUCUUGUACAGUAUACUGGCUGGUCUUCAGUAUUCUAUGUCUACGGAAGCUUUGGGAUGAUCUGGUACAUGUUUUGGCUUUUGGUGUCUUACGAGAGUCCUGCAAAGCACCCUACUAUUACAGAUGAAGAACGUAGGUACAUAGAAGAAAGCAUUGGAGAGAGUGCAAAUCUUUUAGGUGCAAUGGAAAAAUUCAAGACUCCAUGGAGGAAAUUUUUUACAUCUAUGCCAGUCUAUGCAAUAAUUGUUGCAAACUUCUGCAGAAGCUGGACUUUUUACUUAUUGCUUAUUAGUCAGCCAGCAUAUUUUGAGGAAGUCUUUGGAUUUGAAAUCAGCAAGGUCGGCAUGCUGUCAGCAGUGCCACACUUAGUGAUGACAAUUAUUGUGCCUAUUGGUGGGCAGAUUGCAGACUUUCUAAGAAGCAAGCAAAUUCUUUCAACUACGACAGUAAGAAAGAUCAUGAAUUGUGGGGGUUUUGGCAUGGAGGCAACACUGCUUCUGGUCGUCGGCUAUUCUCACACCAGAGGGGUGGCGAUCUCAUUCUUGGUACUUGCGGUGGGAUUCAGCGGAUUCGCUAUAUCUGGUUUCAACGUUAACCACCUGGAUAUUGCACCCAGAUAUGCCAGCAUCUUGAUGGGCAUUUCGAAUGGCGUGGGCACAUUGUCAGGAAUGGUUUGUCCUAUCAUUGUUGGUGCAAUGACGAAGAAUAAGUCCCGUGAGGAGUGGCAGUAUGUCUUCCUGAUCGCUGCCCUCGUCCAUUAUGGCGGAGUUAUAUUUUAUGCGAUAUUUGCCUCAGGAGAGAAGCAACCCUGGGCAGACCCUGAGGAAACAAGUGAAGAAAAAUGUGGAUUUAUCCAUGAAGAUGAACUUGAUGAAGAAACAGGGGACAUUACUCAAAAUUAUAUAAAUUAUGGUACCGCCAAGUCUUAUGGUGCCACCACACAGGCCAAUGGAGGUUGGCCCAAUAGUUGGGAAAAGAAAGAGGAAUUUGUACAAGAAGAAGGACAAGACUCAUACGCCUAUAACAACCGAGAUAAUUACUCAUAACAAAGCUAAUUGCUGGAUUUAUUUUUAGUGUUUGUGAUUAACUUAAUUGUGAUUGCACAAAAAUUUUAAAAAUAUGUGGUGUAAACAUGUAAACAUAUCAACCAGGCAAGUCUUGCUAUAACAAUGAAAUAAAAACAAACUCAUGAAGUUACCAUCAAGUGCAAUCUGUAGAAGUUGUGAAAUUCCCUCAUUUCCAUUCAGGUCAUCUAUUCUUGCGUUUGUGAUUUAAAGGUUGACUGAUCAAACACUGUAGAGGCAAGUAGUUUUUCAUUAGAUUCAUAUGAGCUAAAACUCAUCACCAUUUAAUAAAGCACAACUAAAACAGUUGGCACAUUUCAUCCUACAAAGGUUAGGAAGCCAAAGCUACUUGAUCACGUAAAAUGCACUUAUAUAUUUGUUACACUGUAUUGCAAGAUCUCAUGCAGAAGUCCUGUUUUAACAAAAAUGCAAUGUUGUCAUGUUGCCUGCAUCAGUUAUUGACAACGUUUACUGAGUGUAAAUCAUGAAGUUGGGAUAUCUCAGUUAGAGAAGAAUAUUGUGGGCUAGCAACUAGCAAGGCAUAUGAAAUAGUUACUGUUAUUACACAAUAUGGAUUGUCAUCAUAGGGAGUAUGUUACAGUGUUUUAUAUGAAAUGUUUGGGCACAAACACAUAUCUGUGAAAGGGAACUUGUAAAGCGUGGGGUAUGCUUCAUGUUCUUCCAUUCAUGUACCUAGCAGUAUAAAACACUUCACAUUUUAAUAAAUCUGACUUUUCAUGUAGCAUAUCACAUAACUUUUUGCAAAAAAUAUUAAGAAGAGACUUCAAUGUAUUUUUAUUACAACUUUGUACAGGUUGUAACUUGCAUUAGAAAAAAAAAAGAUGCACACACCAUAAAGAAUCUACUAAGAAAUUGCUAUGGAAAUAGAGCCCUGAAAAUGCAAUAUUAAACAACAAAAGAAAUAGAAAAUGGUUUAGAUAUUCUUCUUCCUUAAUAAUUAAAUACUAUGUAAAACUUGUGCCACAGAGCUAUAUAUAAUAUAAAAAGAUAAAUUUAAUAGAGAGAUUGUAAGUAGAUAAUUUUAUUAUUUAAAGUCCCAUUUAAAAUAUAUUUGUCUUAUAUAGGACAAGAAAUUAUAUUAAAAUUAUAUCUCUAUAUAUCUGUAUAUCUUAUACAUAUCCAUACACAGAAACAUAAUAAACAAUCUUCACAAAAAUACCAAAAAUAGCAUACACCUAAUGUUGGGGUAGGGGACUGCAAUUUCUACUUUCAUAGAGUCAUAGAGUUUUAGAUGGAGCAGAGGCAUUUUGCUUGUCACUUCUUAAUAAUACGCAGCAGGCGUUGCAACAUUUGUGUACCAAGCAAUAAGUGCAAUGCAUACAAUUUCCUGUCUGUAUAUUAUCUUUAUUUUGCUUGUGGUAGCUUUUCAGGUGGUAGGAAUGAUUUUUUUUCUUUUAAAAGAAUUUAACAUCAGACCUCUUUUUAAUGUUCUAAAAUGAUAAUAAUGCAUUUCCCAAUUCAAUUCAAAAUACUCUUGGUGUAUUUAAUUGUCUUUUCUGGAUAUUUGACCUGUCCAAUGUAUUGUGCCAGUGACUGGAGGCCCUGCUACUGCGAACAUAAAACAUAAAGUUUGUUUGAAAAUGCAGACCAUUCUUGACCUUAAGAAAAUAAAAAUAUCUUCUGCUUUGUGUCUCCAAGUGACAUAGUGUGAUCAUAGCUUUUGUUGUGUUGAAUGAAAAAAAUGUGGACUAUCAUUUUUGUUGCUGCACAGAAAAGUGUUAAUAAAAUGCUCUAUUUAUCCUUUUGUAGAAAAAACAGUACCUUAAUUUGGGUUUAUUGUAUGUAGAUUGUACCUCUAAUGUGAAUUUAAGAUGAGUAUGAUGCAAAGAAGUCAAGU